AGAAUGGCCAUGUGAUGUGACUCUCCAUCAGUUUGUAUAUAAAUCUCACCACAACUUACCAUUAUAUUGCAACUCUAGCUAUUAGCUACCAAAAGCAAAACAAACAAAAAAACCUAGCUAUACUUCUACUAUUUCAGUAAGGCUUUGAAAAUGGCGGAUCAGCCAAGAGGUCGAGCAGUUGGUGCCAUGGAGAACAGCUGGUGCCGAGCCGUGCCGGGCGGCACUGGCAUAACGGUGCUGGGUUUUGACAUCUCCCGCGCUCCGGAUAUGCUCAAAUACCAAACUGCACUUCACAAGCUGCAAAACGCCCAUCCAAUCCUAAACUCCAGGCUCCAUACCAACACCAAAAUGAACACAUUCUCCUUUGUCACAUCCCCCACCCCUUUUGUCCAAAUCAAAACAUUCGACCUCUCAUCAACUAUGGAAAUCCUUGAAACCCUAUCAAACCCAAGUAAUAAUUCAGUCUCUCCCUUCCACCUGAUCCUUGAACACGAGCUAAACAAAAACACUUGGACUAAAACUACUACUACUACUUCUUCUUCUUCUUCAUCAAGUGCUAGCACAAAUGAUCAAGACAUGUUCUUUGGAACAAUCUACACCCUCCCCAAUGCGAAGUGGGUGGCCGUGAUGAGGCUACACGUGUCAGCUUGUGACCACACCACGGCUGAGACUAUGCUGAGAGAGUUGCUGGGGUACUUGAUUGGUGGUACUAAUGAUGGAGAGGGGAGAGGGAUAGAGAAGGAAAUUGGGAGUAAAGGAGAGGUCAAUUCGGGAAUUGAGGACCUUGUUCCUUCUAGGAUUGCUAAGAAGCCCUUUUGGGCUCGUGGGGUGGACAUGCUUAGUUACUCUCUCAACUCCCUGAGGCUCACAAAUUUGAAAUUCAAAGACACCAAGUCAGCUAGAUCUUCUCAGGUGGUAAGGUUUCAGAUGAAUCAAGAGGAAACUCAAAGGAUUCUCGAUGGUUGCAAGGCUAAAGGGAUUAAAUUAUGUGGAGCAUUGGUAGCUGCUGGAUUGAUGGCGGCAGAUAAGUGCUCUAAACACCAUCAAAAGAAGAAGUAUGGGAUACUAACACUCAUUGAUUGCCGCUCCAAUUUUGAUCCAGCUCUUUCAAUUCACCAUUUUGGAAAUUAUCACUCCGUCAUCCCCCACAUCCACACCAUCAAAGGAGGAGAAAACCUGUGGGAGCUUGCCAAGAAAACCUACACGGCCUUUGCAAGCUCUAAGAACAGCGACAAACACUUCACAGACUUGGCUGCCCUGAGCUUCGUGAUGUGCAAGGCGAUCGAAAACCCGGCGUUGACCCCAUCGUCUUCCUUGCGAUCAUCAUUCAUGACAGUGUUUGAAGACACCAUCAUUGAUGAUUACAAUGACAUGCAACGAGAGCUGGGAGUAGAUGACUAUAUCGGCUGCGCUUCGGUGCACGGCAUCGGCCCUUCCAUUGCGAUUUUCGACACGAUAAGGAAUGGAAGGCUGGAUUGUGUUUGUGUGUAUCCAUCGCCAUUGCACGCGAGAGAGCAAAUGCAGGAGCUGGUUGAUAACAUGAAGAAAAUUCUUGUGGAUUUGGUAUAGAUCAGUGUGUGACCAAGUUGAUCAACAAAAAUUUGGUAUGAUUUGGAUCGGUCUCAAUGGUACACCUUUAUGGGGUUCAAGUUCAUUUUUCAGUUAUGAGUUUAAUUUUAUUCAACUGUUUCUUUAAGUGUUUAGGGAUCACAUUUAUAUUAACUUGAGUUUUUCGGGUUU